CUGCGGUACCCCGCGCAGCUGGUCAGCGAGGCGCUGGAGGAUGCUCUCAAGGAGAUGAAAGACGAUGCUCAGCCCAAAGAAGAGCCCACGCUCAGUGCCGCGUGGGUCCCCCAGGAUGCCCGUGCCCCCAGCCCCAUUCCCCCCACAGAGGCUUGCAGAGGAGCUGGGGAAGGGCAAGACCCUUCCAAGGAGGCCGGGGAUGGCGAAGCCCCCAAAGCAGAGGAGGAGGCUGGGGAAGAUGUGUUCCAGGGUGUGGGGAGCAGCACUCUGCGGGACGGAGCCACAUCCCCCCCAGGAUCGCAGCCCUGCGACAUGACUGCUUCCCUAAGUGCUGUGGAGAGCCAGGAAGAGGCUGGAGCAUGGGAGGAGGAGAUGCCCACUGUGCUGAGCCCAAGGGAACCAGACGUGGUAGCCCAGGAAGAGGAAACAAGUGGCCCUGGCCUGGCAGGGAGCAGCUGGGAAGAGCCAGAGCAAGAGGAGGAUGAGGUGGAGGUGACAAGCAUGGAGGCAUCGCAGCCCUCGGAGGACGAGGAGGAGAGGGAACUCCAUGUGGAGGAUGGCGAUUUCCAGGGCGAAGGGAUGGAUGCACGAGAAGGGGGGUCCCUGCAAAGGGAAAUCGAAGCUGCUCAUGCUCUCCCCGUGGAAAGUCACCCAGUUUUGCCCACGGAAAGUAACCUGGAAGAGGACCUUGUUGAUGGAGGGCAGGAAGACUUUGAGCAUCAGGCAAUGCCCAUGUGCGAGGUGGGUCUGGCUGCAGAGGAGGAAAGGGAGCCGGAGACGUGCCCGGAGCCGGAGACGUCGCCAGAGACGUGCCCAGAGCCGGAGACGUACCCAGAGCCAGAGACAUGCCCAGAGCAGGAGCCUUUGAGCAUCCAUGAGGCCAUCCCAGCAGAAGAGGUUUCAUCGGAGGCUGGAGAAGAUGCCAUGGGAGAGGAGAACCCAGGUGAGGGAGAAGAGGGAGGGGGCAGUGGGGAGGCACUGGGAGAAGACCCCUGGGCAGGAGAGGCUGCGGGAUCUGAAGCCCUGGGGCAGGAGAGCGGAGCCCAGGAGGAGCUCGGGGACCUGCAGGAAAAUGGCUUUGCAGAAGAGGUGCUGGAGCAGGAGCUGGAGCCGGAGCUGGGAGAGGAGCCCUGGGCCGAGACUCCCGAGGAGCCACGGGAGGUGCAGGAUGAGGAUGAGGAGCUCGGCUCAGCCCCAGGGCAGCCCGAGAGCAGCAGCACCGGCCCUGCGGCACUUGAGCCAGUGCGGGGUGACAGCACGGAGCCGGCGGAGGAGGAUGUUGGGCGAUGGGGAGAGCCGGACGGGGCUCCAGGCGUGGGCAGGGGGGUGGAGCUGGAGGAGACGCUGCCAGACAGCACGCCCUUGCACCUCUACGAAGGGGAGAUGCUGGCUGUGGUCACACCCAGCCAAAACCCUCCAGAGAUGGAGGGGAUCACAGAGACAGCCCCUGCAUCCGAAACAGCUCCGGAGGAUGACGGCUGGCUGGAAGGGAAGGACAAGCCACCAAGUCCCACCGUGCCAGAGAGCCGCGAAGAGGAGGCAGGGGCGGAGGGAGGCCCUGGGGGAGAGGGUGCUGAGGAGGAGGAAGGCUACUUCAUGGUCGCUGCUCCCAGCCAAGAGGUGUCCAGCUCAGAGGAAGCCGAGAUGUCCGAGGACUUUGAAGAAAUCAAAGUUGAAGCAACCGAAGCCAGCAAAGAUGAUGUGGAAGCUCCUGGAGAAGCAUCUCCGGCGCCAGAGGAUGAAGGGCACUUCGAGGCGUUCGUUGGUGGAGCAGAGGAAGAUGUGAAGAUGCCCACAGAAGAACCCGAGAUGCCACAGGAUGAGGAUGAGGAUGCUGGGGGUUUCACUGCCGAGCUGGAGGAAGGCCCAGUUGUGCCCGAAGCGGAGCCCAGCUCCCCCGGGGCUGUGGGCGCAGCAGCAGGAGGCACUGAUGAGCCCACGCAGGGUGCCGCAGGCCCCAGCGCACAGCGGGGACCAGGGUGCUCGGAGGGUUUGGGUGCUGAGUCAGACAAGGAGCUUGACGGCACGGCCCAGCUGGAGAACGAUGCCGGCAGAGCCGAAACCCUCCCAGGCUGCGACCUGGAGCUGGUGGGGCAGGAGGAGGAGGAGGAGGAGGAUGAGGCUGGCACGGCUCACCAUGACGCAACCGAGUCCAUCCCUCUGGCAGAGCUCCAGGCCCAGGCGAUGCCGGUUUCUCCGCUGCCUGACCAAGCGGAGCAGACGUCGGAUGAGCAGCCAUCUGCAGAGGAGGAAGCUCUGGAAGCUCCGGAGGGUGACAGCCCUCUCGCAGCUGGAGAUCAGGAGCCCGCUGAGGCCGACCCGCGGAGGCUGAGCCCCGCGUCAGAGCCAGGGGGUUUCCUGGAGGUGGUUGAAGAAGGCCCAGAAGUGUCUGAUCUCGCGGCAAAGGUGACGGCGGACGUCAUGGAAGACACGGAUAUUUUGGAAAUAGUCGAUCAAGCCCUGGAGUUCAACCAGGAGCUGGUGAUGGGGGUGAGGGCGGCCGAGGGUGGGCAGCGGGAUCCUGACGGGACCGAGCUCCCCGGGGACACCGGGGAAGACUCCUCGCCUGCCUCAUCCAGCGAGGAGGAGCCAACGGUGCAGGAGGCACCAGCAGAUGCAGCACCGGGGCCAGAGGGUCCGGUUCGGGCUGAGAACGGGCUGCACCGGGAGGCCAGCCUGGAGGACCUGGCUGAAUUCUCAGAG